AGGAUUUGGGUCAGAUCUUUAAGAUAGUUCUCUUUGGCUUGAUCGUCCCCUCCUCCUGUGCAGAGCUUGAUUCGUUUUCUCUCGGGGAUGGAGGCCGCUCGAUCUCUGGCGAUUCUACCGUGGAUCGCGUUGGUGCUCGCGUUCUUCGUCGUUAGGGGAAAUGGCUUCUAUCUCCCCGGCGUCGCGCCGGCGGAUUUUCAAAAGAAAGAUCCUCUUCAAGUGAAAGUAAACAAGCUGUCAUCCAUAAAAACGCAGCUGCCAUAUUCCUAUUAUUCACUUCCAUAUUGCAAACCUAAUGUUAUUGUGGAUAGUGCUGAAAAUCUUGGGGAAGUUCUUCGUGGCGAUCGAAUUGAAAACUCCCCAUAUGUGUUUUCCAUGAGGGAGCCACAGAUGUGCAAUAUAAUCUGCAAGCUAACUCCCACUGAAAAACAAGCGAAGCAAUUUAGGGAAAAGAUUGAGGAUGAGUAUAGGGUCAACAUGAUCCUUGAUAAUCUUCCUCUAGUUGUACCUAUCAAAAGGAUGGAUCAAGAUUCCACGACGGUUUACCAGCAGGGCGUCCAUGUUGGAGUCAAAGGCCAAUAUACUGGGAGCAAGGAUGAGAAGUAUUUUAUCCACAAUCAUUUGUCUUUUCUUGUAAAAUACCACAAAGAUGAGCAAACUGACUUCGCAAGGAUAGUAGGCUUCGAAGUUAAGCCCUUCAGCGUUAAGCAUGUAUACGAAGGAAAUUGGAAUGGUAACCAAACUCGCCUGAUGACCUGUGAUCCUCAUGCAAAACGCACGGUUUCGAACUCUGACAACCCACAAGAGGUGGAGGAGAACAAAGAUAUCAUAUUCACAUACGAUGUUGAGUUUCAGGAGAGCGAAAUCAAGUGGGCUUCUCGUUGGGAUUCAUACCUUCUUAUGUCUGACGACCAAAUUCACUGGUUUUCAAUUGUCAAUUCUUUGAUGAUUGUCCUUUUCCUCUCCGGCAUGGUAGCCAUGAUCAUGCUGCGAACCCUCUAUCGAGAUAUUUCAAAGUACAACCAGCUAGAAACUCAAGAGGAGGCUCAAGAGGAAACGGGAUGGAAGCUCGUCCACGGAGAUGUAUUCAGGGCUCCCACAAACUCCGACUUGCUCUGCGUGUACGUCGGAACUGGUGUCCAGUUCUUUGGCAUGCUUCUCGUAACCAUGAUUUUUGCAGUUCUUGGCUUUCUCUCUCCAUCAAAUAGGGGAGGUUUAAUGAGCGCCAUGCUUCUCCUCUGGGUCUUCAUGGGUAUCUUUGCUGGGUACUCCUCCAUUCGGCUGUACAAGAAGUUCAAGGGUUUGGAAUGGAAGAAAAUUGCUCUGCGGACUGCAUUUACAUUCCCCGGAAUCAUAUUCGCCAUUUUCUUCGUGCUGAACGCUAUCAUCUGGGGCGAAAAAUCCUCUGGCGCCGUCCCCUUCACCACCAUGUUUGCUCUUGUCCUGCUAUGGUUUGGCAUCUCCGUUCCUCUCGUCUUCGUCGGCGGUUACAUCGGGUCGAGGAAACCUGCGGUAGAGGACCCUGUGAAAACCAACAAGAUCCCCCGGCAGAUUCCAGAACAGGCAUGGUACAUGAACCCGCUCUUCUCAAUACUGAUCGGCGGAAUACUUCCGUUCGGAGCGGUUUUCAUCGAGCUCUUCUUCAUUCUGACCUCGAUUUGGCUCCAACAGUUCUACUAUCUCUUUGGUUUUCUGUUCCUCGUCUUCCUCAUCCUAAUCGUGACCUGCGCGGAGAUCACGAUUGUGCUGUGCUACUUCCAGCUGUGCAGCGAGGAUUACUCGUGGUGGUGGAGAUCUUACCUCACCUCAGGUUCUUCUGCACUCUACCUCUUUCUCUACGCUGCUUUCUAUUUCUUCACCAAAUUGGAGAUCACAAAAUUGGUGUCUGGGAUUCUGUACUUCGGUUACAUGCUGAUUGCUUCUUAUGCCUUCUUUGUGUUGACUGGCACCAUUGGUUUCUAUGCUUGCUUCUGGUUUACAAGGCUUAUUUAUUCAUCCGUUAAGAUUGACUAACUGUUAGCCUGGCAUUUGUGGAAAGGUUUGAGUUUAAGAACGCGAAUCAUCUUACCAUAUUUUAUUUCUUUUACAUGGCUAUAGUUUUGAAUUCACUGGAUGUUUUUUAGUUUUAAUUUGAUCCCAUUUCUGUAAUCAAAUUAAGCUUUGGCUUCUUGAUC